AUGAACUCACUCAUCGACAUUCUUGUUGACGCUCUUUCUUCUUCUGACCCCUUGGUCCUUCUCAUAUACUCUUUUCCGCGUCUCUUCACUCAUGUUGGUAGUCCGAGUGUCUCAGAAUCCACUCUCACAUCGUCCACUAAGUUUGCUGCUACGAAAGUAAGCAUCUUUCCGCCCGCCCUUAGUUUCAAUACUCCUACACCAGAUGUUGCUUUCUACACGUCCAACGUAUCUGGGUGUAUAAACAAUAUGCAAAGUCACUUGGGCAUUGCCACUAACCUCGAGAACAUCUUUGACGAUGGGGACGAAUAUGCCAUCAAAGCACCCGAAGCAGAUUUUACUAUUAAAAACCUCUCGAAUGAUCAGUAUUCCUCAUUGCCAACUCACUUCAAUGACGCCCUGCUCCAUGAACUUUCUCGCUUUGCCGAUCAGGCUUCUCUGCUUGAUAUAGUGCAAACGAGUGAACAACGUGCACAUCUCUCUGAAGCCGUCGACUUGAUUGCCGAGACAAAUCUUCUUCAGGAGAUACUUGUCCCUGCUGUCGUCACUUGCCCUGCACUGCCCCUCUCUAAUUACACAAUAGGCAGCAACACAACUACUGCGGCAAUCACUUUCCCGUCUUCGCAUUCCUUUCACUCUAAUUCAAUUGAUCACAGCUCUCCAGCUAAGUCUGAUCUAGUGAAGAUGGGCUCUGGACAUCAGGCCUUGCUUUCUGGAAAAGCUACUCCAGGAAGCCAAUUAAUUAGAAUACCUCACUCUCCGAGCACCUCUUCAGCGAGUACAACGGUGUUUAGCCUUCAUUCCUCUCCUAGUCAAUUUCUUAACUCCAUGAGUCUGGCUUCGUCAACCUCAGCACCUACUAGUGCGUUUGCCACUGUGAAUACUUCUGCCUGUUUCCGCAACCCCAUCCCGACUAUGGAUCUUUCUGGUUAUGUACCUGCGUUUAGCCACUGUGAAGAGCUCCUGGAGUUAUUCUGGCCCCGCCUACUCGCUACUAGGAUAGCUAGGGAGUUGGCUCGUUUAGAGGAAGAAAUUGAGGAAUGCCGGCUUGUCGAGUCUACGACUUCUAGUUCAUCACAGCAUUUGGUUAAUGGCAACUUGGAACUGACUUCCUCUAUGUUGGGUUCCUAUAAGUAUGUUUAUAACCUCAUUCUCGGUCCUUAA